AUGAUGCUCUUUUUCACAUUGAUGUCUGAUGGUGAAUAUCUUCCUGAUGGUUCUUUAAUUGAUUUAGCUGGAUUAGACUGGAGAGACGAUAUAUUACCCUUUGAACUCAUUUUGGUCAAACCUAACUCACUUCCUGAUCCGGAGCCACAACAUCUUGGUACUCAACGGUGUCCUGAAAUUUCAAAUUCAGAUAUUUUCGAUAACAUUCGUUGGAAUGAGCUUGAUCUAGAUAGCUUACUUUCCCACCUUAAUCUUCCUCCGUCUGUGUGA